UGUGAGAAUUUCUCUCGUGUGUGUUUACAUGUGUGUAUGUGUUUGUGUGUGAAGUGUUAAUCCCACUCUGCAGUCCUGCGCCAUAAUGAAAUCCAUGUCUGCAUGCUCAUUGGAUGAGAGCAGCCAGGCCUGCGUCACAUGGCAGAGAUCUUUGGUCCAGAGUAAAAAUGGGGUUUGGUGUAAAUCUAGGCUGUAUUGCUGUCAUAUAUCACGCUACCUCGUAAAAACGACACUGAGGAUUCUGGGCCAACAAAUCAGAGAGAAAAAAUAUGAGUUCUUAUUAUGUGGAUGGUCUUCUUAGCAAAUAUACGACGGCUAGUUCUCUCUUUCCAAACGUGGAGCGGGCUUCUUGCAGUAUUGGACCCAGUGGAGAGGACUAUGCUUCGGGUCGGACUGCUGCGGCCAUCGCGUUCGCCCCGUCUCUGUCUGGAGUUUACAGCGUCAGUAAUGCAGUGUACCAGAGCCGCCCCGUGUUUACUUCGGGAUAUGGCCGGGGGCAGGACGGACACCCACUGCACUGCAGCCUGUUUGACCAGAGCCGCCUGUUCAGCGACAGCUGCUGCCAUCCCGAGCCGGGACCCCUCACCUCGCCGCCGGACAAACAAUACCGGAUGUACCCCUGGAUGAGAGGAUCAGAUCCUAACAGAAAGCGGGGACGGCAGACCUACUCCCGGUAUCAGACUCUGGAGCUGGAGAAGGAGUUCCACUUUAACCGGUACCUGACACGCAGGAGAAGGGUCGAGGUAGCCCAUGCCCUGUGCCUCACAGAGAGGCAAAUCAAAAUAUGGUUUCAGAACCGCAGAAUGAAGUGGAAGAAGGACAACAAGGAGGACCCGGUGCUGGCCCACAGGGAAAAGGACGAUGGUAUCCAGGCGGUGUCAGAGGCCGGAGAGCCCGAAGCUGGAGAAACCCAGAGCCCCGGUUUGGAGUCAGUCACGGCUGCAAAGUAACAAAAGACAUGCACGGACAGAGGAUUACAUAUAAGAACCACAACAUUAGAAUGCGUAAGGGAUACAUCCCAAAUUUUAUCACAUACCAUUCAUGCACUCAGAGCUCUGUAGGCUGAUUAAUUACACGACAGCUGAAGGCAAUAAUGUAAUAAACAUUAAACAAUAGGCUGUAUGUCACUAUUUCAAACCCAAAAUACAUAAUAAGGCUCCGCAUGAAAUUGCGAUUUUAACUGCCUAUCCAAUUUAUAUAUUUUUAAAAAAGAUGCAAGAAAAUGUAGCUUCAUUAUCUACUGAAUUAACAUUCCUAAACAAAAUACUACCUAUUUUAUGUUUUACCUAUUUUCUUGCUCGCAUUAAAACACAGACAAAGGGAAUUCAGCGCAAUUUGAAAUUGACUGUAAAAUAAACGAAUCUACCUAUUCGAGUAUUUCUCUCCACAGACUGUUGCAUUUUUUAUGAAACAAGUAGGCUAUUAUUUUUUACGCAUAUGUGCCUUAUUUUAAGUAGGUGAAUAAACAAAAAAUGUCUUGUUAGUUAAAUGCAUCCAACUGUGAUUUAGAUUGUUCUGUACAUUUCAGUAACUGUACGGCUGUUACUUUUCAUUAUUAUUUUUAAAUAUAACUCACUUAGAAUGUUAAUAUGCCUGUUUUUGACACUAUUUCUUGCUCCUCUUGCAGCAUAACACAUAUAUUUGUUUGGUUUGAGAUGACCUUCUUAUGUAACCUACCUCAGAUUCCAGGAAAGUCAACUAGCUUAUUAUUGCAACACCCUCACAUGAACGUUUGAAGUCUUAUCCGUGUAAUUAUAAAACCUUUUUCAUUAAGAUAUAUUUUCAGGUUAAUUGAUUUAUAGCUAUGUCUGUGAAUGCUAAAAUAAAAUAAACGCAUGCACUUUUAUUUUAACAGCAGGACAUUUUAGUAUAAAGGCAUUUCUUUUUGUUUGUGUACAAUAAGUAAACCCAAAAUGUGCAAAAACUGUGAUGUACAAAUAUUGAGUGCCAACGUUUAGCUGUAUAAGAAAUA